GUAGAACAGGCCCACAUCAAGCUGCAAACAUGGAUGAGAUGGACCUGCCCCAGAUGAAGAAGGAGGUGGAGAGCCUCAAAUACCAGCUGGCCUUCAAACGAGAGAAAUCCUCCAAAACAGUCACAGAUUUGGUAAAGUGGAUAGAGGACGGCGUUCCAGAAGAUCCCUUCCUGAACCCGGAGCUGAUGAAAAACAAUCCGUGGGUUGAAAAAGGAAAAUGCGUCCUCCUCUAGGAGGAAUUGUUGCUCUUCCUGUGACCAUCCAUGUCGACACAUACAACCCUUCAGAUCACCCGAGAAGCUGACCCUCCCCAAUUUUUUAGGGCACAGGCAGGACCGCACAUCUAUUAACCUUUCACCAUGAAUGUACUACAGAUGUAAUCCUCAGACACACACACACACAUCAACAGGAGCACAGAAAUACAAACUGACCAACGAAUACCCACACACUCGAUCACUCCAACCCUUGAGAUUUUCUCUGUCACACAAUCACUACGAGUUUAUUUCUAUCACGCCAAGUCAUUUUCAUUACGAUAUGACAGUUGUGAUCAAUGUCUUUAUAUAAACAAGUGAUGAGUUAUUUAUGCAGAUCCCAGACAGAUUUUCUUCUUACAAUUUUGAUGAGUUAAUGAAGUCUGAUAUAAUGUAGGUGUACGGGGUGAAUUUGCCCCAUGUUGAGAUAGUAAGAUGAUCACAAUCAUAAGAAUAUAACCAUCUUUUUUCAUUUUAAACUGACAACUUAUAGACUAUCCAUAGAAGGCGAUAAAGAUUUGAUGGUAAGUACAGGUUGUUGUAUGCAAUCCUUGACAUUUAAACUUACUUCAUGUUGUAAUAUAUUACAAUUAAUGCAUGUGGCUAAGGGAGGAAAAGCUUUGAAAAGCUCCAUUUGCAGUGGGUACAUGUCUCAUUUGUAUUUGUACGUAUAUAUGCCACUAUACAUGUAGCUCACAGAAGACAAGAACAGCAGGAGAAAUUGAUCACAACAGUUAAGAUAGUCAUUAUCUAUACAUUAACACAAGGUAUGAACAGUAAAGAUUUUUAGUGGAUCUCAGAUGCCGUCUUGGAUGCUGCCACCUUAGCUAAUUUGAUAUCCUGUAGUUAUAAAAUCCAUAAAAGAUGUAGGUGACUAUUGUGCAUGAGGUUACUAACAGUGUCUCUAUGAGGAAGCCAUAGCGUAAUGCAUGUUAGCAUAGCCCCGAAUGCCAUCCGGCACAGCAUAAACAGUGGGCUGUCAAUACUGAAACCCACAUAAAAAAGUAGAAAACUUUACAACAGAUGUAUAUCUUUCUUUAUAGGCACCCUGUCAGAGCAAAAUUGUUCAUAUUCGAGGUUGUGAUACGCCAUAAUAUUAAUUCUGUCCUUCAACAUUCAGGUGCAGAAUAAUCUUUAACUCAUUACUAUAACAUCUGCCAGUUCAGUAGUGGUGUAUGAUCUGUUUAAAUGAUCAUUUGAGAAAAAAAUUGGGAAUUACAAAUAUGAAAUUUACCAACAUAUACAAAGAUUUAGUUUAACUGAUUAAAUAGAAAGUUUUUAACCUCUCUUUGAAGCCCUACUAGCCCAAGUCUUAACAUCGGCCUCCCUGUCUAAGUUUAUUAUGAGAUUUUGGUUUAUGAGUCACUAUUUCACCAAUGUGAAGCUUUUUUCAAUCUACUCGCACCAAAGGCUUACACAUUUUAACUCCAUAGUGUAAUGUCAUGUUCAAUUGACAAUGUCCUAUUUUUGAUUUUACAACCAUUUAAGCUUUAGCAUGUAUUGCUAUUUGUUUAAUGAUAUGAACUAUGAGACUGUCCAACUCUGCUGCAUGGCACUUGCCUUAAUUAAACACAACAGGGAUUAAAAACAACUGUUCAACAGGUCACUGCAUUAAACCGGUGAACAGCAAAGCUCUGGAAGGCAGGGAGACAUUUAUAUUUACAGAGACAGUUGAGUUAAGCUCUUUAAGUGGAUAACUGCCCUUGCUCCUUUACUAAAGCACACGUACAUAAAAAAGGUCUACUGAUGAAGGUAUACUUAAACUACAGAUAGCGCUUUUACCCAAUGGAUUUUUCUAUGUUAACCAUUUGAUAAGGACUUCCAAAAAGUUUACACACUUAACUUGGCAGCGAAUUGCCAACUUGGUAUCUUGCAUAGUGAAUUGGACACUUUCACAGCUCUGUACAUUUUUACUUUAUGUUUAACCUUUUUCUAUAAAAGAUGCCCAACAUCCCUUUGAAUUAUUGUCAGUCACUAAAGUUUUUUUCCACUACUCAUCUUUCCUUCUAUUUCUUUAUGAUCAAAGCAAAAUGCUAAGUACAUAUGGGUCAGUUUAAGUCCAACUGGACUCGUUUAUUCACAAGUAAUUAGACUCCAAAUGGCUAUCUUUGUCUUUAUUUACUAUGAUUUUUGUUGGACAUGCUUUUAAUUAUGUAUAUCUGUGUUUAUGUUGGCUCUCAAACACCGCUUAUUUUCAAGAUGUCAUACAGAGGACUGGUAGAAGCAGUGCUGAGGCAAAUAAGAGCAAAUAACCAACAUUCUUGAUUUAGAUGUUUCAAAUGCUAUCUACAAAGGCAUGCCAGUCUUUCUUCUUCUACCUUCAACUUAACAUAAACCAAAUAAAAGUUUCCUUUCCUCCAAGUUUAUUGUUUAUAUUUAGCAAAUCCCAAUGUUUUUUUUAUAGUUUGACUUUUUUUAUUUGUCCCUAAGUGGAAUAUUCCAAUUAUAGGCAGAGUAGGUUAGAUGGCUCCAGAUGUGAACAUGAUACUAAAAACAGGUCUAUUCUAAGGGUAAGAUGCUGUUGUAAUAACCACGUAAUUAAAUCUUCUCUGACAUCAGGUAAACGUAUUGACUGCUGAAUCACAACUGUCAUCUUAAUAUAACACCUAAAAUUCAAAUUAUCUUUCUCUCAGGCUAAAUUUUCAGUCAGCCAUCUGCCCAUGUGUCUGGAUGAUCAUUAAUUUGCCUCAAAGCUGUCCCGGCUAUCUUCCUCUUGUGACUUCUAAGGUUUCCACAUGGUUUUAAACCACUUGUAUAAUGUUGAGAUUCUGCCUCGGUGGCAUCAGCGACACAGUCGCGCGCUUCUGUUUGUGUUGUUUGAGUAGGAUGACAUUUUUUGGUCUCAGGAGAGGGUUUGAGGUUUCCGCUUCAUUUACUUCUAACCUACAGGCCCAAAAUUCCAACACGUAAAACCACGCCGACACAUUGGCCCUCUCCUCGAAUGUACAUACAAACCCUUAUAACUUAUGAACUUAUUUAUUUAUUUAUUGACGAGAGCUUUCCUUCACCUUAGGUUUUGUUUUCUUAUGUGCGCACUCCUUCAUAUAUUCUGUCUUGGGAAAUUAAAAAAAAAAAAAAAAUAAUACUACACCUUGCCAGAUCACCAUCUACUACUGCCUUGUACACAGUUUCCUUAACAAGAGAAUGUAUACGUGUGGCAUGAGGUAAAAAAAAAACAUCACCACUGACCUCAGAGCAGGCCUGUGCAACGUGCAUGUGACUGCAAUUGUCUGUUUACGUGUGCAUAUUUUAAACCCUACAUUUUGGACGAGAGGCUCCCGUGUGGGUGGUGAAGCUCACAUGCAUCUGCACCGCACGUGCACGGGAGACCGAGCAAAUCAGAGGAGGGGGGGGCGGGCUGUGGCAAGGAAGUGGGAUUCUCUGAAGGACUUGGGACAGCAGAGCCUCACAUCAUCUCAGUACUGUAUCGAAUAUAAUUACAUACGUUUCCAAAACUCCAGUCGGUGUUAUUUUAAACUAAUAGAAAUGACCUCUGUUGUUGAAAUUCAAUUUGAGGAUUGUGGUUGCCAUAAAAGAAAAGCGAAACGUUAUUUUCUCGUGUGAAAUUAAAAGACUUCAUCCAAUUAUGCAGAUGUGAUUACAUUUAAAAAAUAUGUGUGAAGAACAGUGAUAUAUGCAACAUAAUUGAGCCAGUAAAUAAGUCCAACCGCUCAUUCAAAGCCGACAUUAUGUUUUUUUUAAACCCGCCCACAGACUCAGUUAUCAGAUUUUAUGUAACACUAAAGAUUCAAAAGAUAAAAGUAGGAAAUGGUUCUUUGAAAUGGCCUCCACGGGAGACAAAAUUAGAAAGUCUGAUCCUUAUGUCUUUUUUGCAUCAUCCCCACUCUAAACACACUAAUUAUGGCCUUAAAUUCAUAUGUUGAAUUUCAAAUUUGAAGAUUAAAACUGUAUUCUGCACUCAUUUGUCACUAAAAGUCUGGAAACUACAAAGUACAUGAGAAGACUACUGAGUCUAUCUGUCCCUCGUCUUUUUUUUUCUUUUGUCCAAAUACUGUAACUUUGAUUUGUUCUUUGGUUUUAUAUUAUUUGAACGUGGGUAUGUAUUCAUGUAUGUAUGUAAUUACUAUUAUAUGACUGCAUAAAACCUUGUCUAGAUAUUUAGCAACAUAAUCCUUGUGAGAGUGCUUUGGAAAAAUUAUGCAUCAGAUCAAAAGUCCUAGUGUAAAGAUGACAAUGAGCAAUAAAUUAUAGAUAAUUUUUUUAUUGAAUGUUUUACAACAACAUUUACCUUAUUGAAUAAAGUAGAAGAUUUUUAGA